UCGGAGCACACAGGGCGUCAUUUCCGCCCUCAUCUUCGGCCCCACACGGAGGGGGCGGAGCCAAGCGGAAGGCGCGCUGCUUGUGCGUCACUUCCGGUGAGUCUAGCGGCGACAACGGCAACAUGGCCCUGAACGGAUCUGAAGUCGACGACUUUUCCUGGGAGCCCCCGACCGAAGCGGAGACGAAGGUGCUGCAAGCGCGGCGGGAGCGGCAGGAUCGCAUUUCCCGGCUCAUGGGCGACUACCUGCUGCGUGGUUACCGCAUGCUGGGCGAGACGUGCGCGGACUGCGGGACGAUCCUCCUCCAAGACAAACAGCGGAAAAUCUACUGCGUGGCUUGCCAGGAGCUCGACUCAGACGUGGAUAAAGAUAAUCCGGCUCUGAAUGCCCAGGCUGCCCUCUCCCAAGCUCGGGAGCACCAGCUCGCCUCUGCUUCGGAGCCCACCGUGGGCUCUCGGCCUGCCCCUCAGCCCCCAGUACCCCGUCCAGAGCACUGUGAGGGAGCUGCAGCAGGGCUCAAGGCAGUCCAGGGGCCGCCCCCUCCUGCUGUGCCUCCCAAUGCAGAUGUCGUGGCCUGCACACAAGAGGCUCUCCUGCAGAAACUGACCUGGGCCUCAGCUGAGCUGGGCUCUAGCACCUCCCUGGAGACUAGCAUCCAGCUGUGUAGCCUUAUCCGGGCUUGUGCUGAAGCUCUGCGCAGCCUGCAGCAGCUGCAACACUAAAGAACCCCUCCUGAGAAAAUCCCUGUAGAAAAACA